UGAAAAACUUUGUUCCGGAGGUACCUAACUUCUUAGCCUCAGUUGUCAAUCGAAGCAAACACUGACAACAUGGUACUGGCGAAUGUGCGUGCGGGUGGAGCCUUGAUGGGAGCGGCGGUGCGUAACAGUGCGGCAGCCUUCAGCUCGGCGGGCCGCGUGACGUUCGAGGAGCUCACGGCUGGCGCCGACGCCGAACAACUCCAGUUCAUGAAGGAACAGAUCGUUCAGGUGGACGAGCAGGACAACGUGGUGGGCCCCAUCAGCAAGAAAGACGCGCACAUCCAUGACGGUGUGUUGCACCGCGCGUUCAGUGUCUUUGUCUUCAACUCCAAGAACGAGCUGCUAAUCCAGAAGCGUGCGAGCGAGAAGAUCACAUUCCCGAGCUUCUGGGCCAAUACUUGCUGCAGCCAUCCGCUCUUCACCGAAGGUGAGCUGGAAGACGGCGUCGGUGUGAAGCGUGCCGCCAUCCGCAAGCUGGAGCACGAGCUCGGCAUCCCUGCCUCCACCUUUGCAAUCGACGACUUGGCCUACGUCUCGACGGUCAUGUACAAGGCUGCAUCCGACGCUAACUGGACGGAGUACGAGAUGGAUCACAUUCUCUUUGCGCGUGGCGAGGUGCCACUGGACAACGUCAACAAGAACGAAGUAGAGCAGAUCGAGUUCGUUGCUCGUGAAAACCUGCCUGCACUUCUCAAUGACUCUACGCGCAAGCUCUCGCCGUGGUUCCAUCUCAUCGGUUCAAACUUGCUGCCGCACUGGUGGGACAAUCUGGACGCUGUGCUGGAGGAGGACAACUCCGACCGUCAGAUCCACGACUAUCGCUAGACAUUUACGUUCUCAAUUUGAACGCGAGGUGCAUUGUGCCUUAUAGAACAAGCACGCACAAUGAAAGUGUGCACUUCAUACUCGAUACAACAUGAACAAAAACAAAUGCUGAGGUCUUAAUUGUAUUCUCUAGCUUGAAUCAUCGCUGCGGCUAGUAGGAGCCAACUUGGACAGACUCGCACCAAUAUUCGAAAAGAAA